AUGAACUCAAGAUCAGUGCAAACUUGUCUUCUAUUCUUAUAUGUGAACAGUAUUUCUGCGUGCAUUCCUACACAGGAUGUUGAACCAAUCGAUGAGUUUACGACAACAACAACAGUGGCUAAUAAUCCAACAACAACAACAUUUACGACAAGAAGUUCAACCACUACAACUACUACAACUACUACGACAACUACAACCACCACAACCCCAGCACCUUCUUGUACCGCCUGCACACCAGUCUACAACACAGAUUGCUACGGCCAAGGUACUCCCGAUGAUUCCAUCUGGUGCGCGAUCGCAGCUACAAUUCCGAUAGUGUAUGAGAUAACUGUGUUCACAUGCCCAACAGGAACGGUUUCGUUCUUUGAUUAUGGUGCAGCAACGGAAGAGCGGGGAAAUAAUUAUGGGUAUGAUCAAGUAACGAUGACAUGUGCGGAGACUGGAACAGAUGUCGGGAAAUGGUGGCACAAUAAAGAUCCCGGUGGAAAAACGUUUUUCAGUAAGGUCACAUGCAGACACCCGAGUUGCCAAGCCUGCCCCCGAGUCUACGACUAUUUCUGCAAUGGUGUAGACAAUCCACCUGGUGACUGGUGCAUAAAUGCAGCUGAUGUUCCCGUGGAAUAUGAAAUAAAUACAAAUGGCGAUGAAUGCUCAACUGUGUUCACAUGCCCAGCUGGAUCUGUUUCAUCGUUUGACUACAUUGGAAAUGAAGAGCUGGGAAAUGGCUAUGGUCUUGAUGAAGUGAAAAUGUAUUGCGAUGAGACCGGAGCGGAAGCUGGGAGAUGGUGGCAAGAAACGCCCUAUAACGAUCAUCUAUUUUUCAAUAAGGUUUCAUGCAGACGUGCUCCAGAUCCGCCGAUUUGUCCAAACUGCCUUCCAGUAUACAACACAGAUUGCUAUGGUGAAGGCAUCCCAAGUUCGUCAGACUGGUGUCUACGUGCAGAGGAAAUUAACAUAUAUGGUAUAGUGUACGAGAAUGCAAAUGGAAAUGAAUGCUCAUCUGCGUUUACAUGCCCAGCAGGAACAGUUGCGUACUUUGACAACGGUGGACCAGAUGAAGAGCUGGGAAACUAUUAUGGUCUUGACACGGUGUAUAUGUAUUGUGCGGAGACUGGUCCCGCAGCCGAUAUUGGGAGAUGGUGGUACAACAAGCCUUUUAACGUGCAAACUUAUUUCAAUAAGGUUACAUGCAGACGAGCUCCAGAUCCGCCAACAUCAUGCACGAACUGUCUCCCAGUUUACAACGAGCUUUGCUAUGGUCAGGAUAUUCCAACUCCCACCGACUGGUGCUCGACUGCUGCCGAGAUUCCGAUUGUCUACGAAAUUGAUCAAUUUAACACUGAAUGCUCAGCAAGGUUCACAUGCCCGACGGGAACAUAUUGGUCGUUGGACACUGGUGGACCUAUGGAGAUAAGAGGAGAUUCGCUGGGAUUCACUGAAGCACUUAUGUGGUGCGCAGAAACUGGAGCUGAUACGGGAAAAUGGUUUACAGAUUAUCAAACUGAGUUCAGUUUGGUUACAUGCAGAAAUUCGUGA